UAUGGCCACGUUCUUCGGGGAGGUGGUGAAGGCUCCGUGCCGAGCUGGGACAGAGGACGAGGACGAGGAUGCCGAGAGGGAGACUCCGGAGGACAGGGAGGUCCGACGGCAGCUGGUGCGAAAGAGGGAAGUGCGGCUUUUUCGAAGACAAACAAAAACAACGUUGGAAGUUUCCCUGCUAGAAAAGUAUCCUUGUUCCAAGUUUAUAAUUGCUAUAGGAAAUAAUGCUGUAGCAUUUUUAUCAUCAUUUGUUAUGAACUCAGGUGUCUGGGAAGAAGUCGGUUGUGCUAAACUAUGGAAUGAAUGGUGUAGAACCACAGACACAAUAAGUCUGUCCCCCACAGAGGCUUUUUGUGUGUUUUAUCAUCUAAAAUCAAAUCCUGCGAUUUUCCUUUGUCAGUGCAGUUGCUACGUUGCCGAAGAUCAGCAGUAUCAGUGGCUGGAAAAGGUUUUUGGCACUUGUCCGAAGAAGAACAUGCAAGUAACAAUUCUCACAAGUCGACAUAUCACUGACUAUAAAACUUCAGAAUCUACGUGCAGCCUGCCGUCUCCUUUUCUGAGAGCCCUGAAAACACAAAAUUUCAAGGAUCCUGUGUGUUGUUCACUGCUAGAACAGCCAAACAUCGUCCAUGAUCUUCCUGCAGCAGUUCUGAGUUACUGUCAAGUAUGGCGAAUUCCUGCCAUUCUGUACUUGUGUUAUACCGAUGUCAUGAAGGUAGACCCCAUGACAGUAGAAGCUUUUAAGCCCAUACUUUCUUCCAAAAGCCUAAAAGGUUUGGUUAAGAAUAUUCCCCAGAGCACAGAGAUGCUGAAGAAACUGAUGACAACAAAUGAGAUUCAGAGUAACAUUUAUACAUGA